AUGAGCAAUAGCAAUAACAUCCGUUCACACUUCGCCUCGUUCGCCGCCUACACUCCUCCCCCGGACGACCCCUCGUAUCCCGGAUCAACCAGCAGGGGUUCUUCGAGGGCAUGGUUCCCUUCGGGGGCGGCCUCGGGCUCGCAGCAGCCGACGUCCUACCAGUCCGGCGGUAUACCGACUUUCAACACCUCCCAGGCUGGCGGAGCGGGCGCGCUGGAGGACGCGGAGGCUGAGAACGUCAACAACUUGUGGGAGACGCGUCACGGGUUAAGAGUCGACCUGCUCGCUGCGUCUGCGUAUCUACUGGGUCCGGUCUCUGCGCUGACCCUCCUCAUUGUCGAGACCUACAACGACUUUGUUCGUUUCCACGCGUAUCAAUCUGCCCUGCUCACUACACCGCUUGUAAUAAUGCGCAUAUUGGCGUCUCUCCUCCAAUUUUCCUCAUUCCUCCGCACAAUUUUUACCUUCUUGCUGAUCAUACCAUCAUAUUACAUGGCAUGGCGAGCGUACGUGGAUGCUUCACGAAAUGGUCUCGUGCGGUUUCAGGUACCUUUUAUCGGACCCUUGGCAGAACGUUGGGUAUACGAAGAAUGA